AUUUUUUAUAUGAAAUAAAAGUUUUACCAAAAAAUUUAAUGUAGUUUCGGUGGCGGUCAGUAUGUGGAGCCGCUUCGUAAUAAAUAUUGUAUAAGAAAUAAUAUAUUGGAAAUAAUCUGGAGAAACUCACGGUGCACGGUGCGUGGAUAAACGUCGCAGAUGGAGAGCGGAUGAUACGCGGCGAAAAAAUAAUUUAAUUCUGAAGGAUCGAUCGGCGCAUCUAUAAUUUUGAACAUGGCUGAACAAGCUGAUGAGCCUUCGCUCUCAUUUGUCAUCCCGGCGGUCGGCGUUCAUUGGCGAACGUUUUUUCCUGUAAAUUUGACUCAGAUUCGAAUUCUCCGCUCUAUUUGACGCUCCCUCUCGCCGCGGCUGCUGGACGGCGGCGAGAUGCCCCUGCCUCCGCUUCGACGUCCGCAAAGAAGAGAGUUCCGUCCGUCGCCGGUGCUCUCGACUACGGAGAAUGUAUGGAACGACCGAAAGGCAAAAAGGAAAAAGGACUACUCGCUCUAUAUAUACUGCAACUAUCCGAGGGUAUGUCCAGUACACGAUACGCGUUUCAUCCGUCAGCUUCAAGGUCCUGCGUCUUCGCGAGGAUAUCGUCGCGCUGCUGGCGAUCCGUACACCUGGAAGGACGAAAAACGGCCUGCGUGCGAAUUCUCUCCGAAACCGGCUCCACGAGGGAUUGUCUCGAAACGUCACGAUGAAGGGUGUCACAUACGUCGUCCAACUGUCACGCUGUCACCACCUGCUCCUGCUGCUGCUGGUCUCGGGAUGCGCCAGCGCGGAGAUCGAGAGACGCACCGCCCGGCAAAUGGUGCAGGAGGCGCCGGAAAAUCUGGCGUCCAACCUGAACAAGGAUUGCGGGAAGUCGUACAGUGCCACGUGCCUCAAGCUGGACGUGGUGUCCUUCCUGGAUAAAUUGUCGGAGCAGGAGGACAUCGGCAUCCUGCCGGGCGUGUCUGUGAUCAAGGAGAACGGCUCCACUGACGUCCCGACGUCGGAGGUGGUCGCCAAUUUGGCGAGGGAUUUCCCGAAUGACGUCGAGAAGAGGCUGGACGCCUAUUUGGUACACAAAGUCGGCAGCUACCUCAACAGCCACUCGAUCUCCAUCAAGCUGUUCGAUCCGAAGACCUUCGAGGCAGCCAGGAGCUUCAACGAGGAGGCGCUCGCGCAACUCGGCUUCGGUAGCAGCCAAAAUGUUGAAACAGGACGCAAAAAGGACAAGGGCGGCUACGGCGGCCUGCUGGCCGGUCUAAUGAUGAUGAAGGGAACCCUGGGCGCGGUUGGGUUCGGUGCCCUAGCACUUCUCGCUGGCAAAGCCCUGAUGACCGGUCUCAUGGCGCUCAUGCUGUCUGCCAUCAUCGGGCUGAAGUCCCUGGCCAGCGGCGGCGACAAGAAGACCACGUACGAGAUCGUGAGCAAGCCGGUGUACUCCAGCUCGCACACGCACAGCGCGGAGGAGCAUCACGGCCACUCCUACGGGCAUUCCGGAUACGGAAGGUCCCUGGAUUCCGUUCACGACUCCUUGCAGCAGGCCGUGCUCAAGUACGGGAACGCGCGCGACCGUAGAUCGAUCCUGCAGAAUUAAUCGAUCAUCCCGAUCAACCCCGACGAGGCCACCCCCGCGCUCGCCGGCACACGACGAAACCUUUAGCACACAUCUCUACCUCACCGAGUUUCCUUGCUGUUCUUCCCGUCCUCAUCUUGCACCGUCGAUCAACCACCUUUUCAUCCUCCAUCUGCUCCCCUGCUGUCUCCUCUUCGUCUCGUUCUCUUUCGCCGGCCCGUCUCCGUUUCUCGCUCGCCAUCACUUACUUCCUGUCCAUCGUUCUUUCUCUCGGUCUCUCUCUUUCUCUCUCUUUCUCUUUCUCUCUUUCUCUCUCUCUCUCUAAGAUCUCGCCUGGUCGCAUUUCAUCUCGAUCCAUUUCACGAGUUUUCUGUCACUCUUAUUAUUAUUUAUAGUCACGUAGGUAUUUAUUACGGUUGCAUUCUCGUUUGCAUUCCCGACCGGUACAGGUCGAGGGGGGAAACGUACCACGUCGCGCCGUGCACGCAGAGAUCGCCCAAGAUCAUGUACAUGAUUUUUGAAUAUUUAUUAUUUCGUUACUGUGUAAAGUUGUAAUAAUAAAAAACAUUU